CUCCCGCUAAUCCGAGGGAAGAAAAAGAAAAAAAAGAGAAAAGUUGGCUCGCACACACAGACGCACGCACACACACACAGACGCACGCACACAAACACGCACACGCACCGCCGAGUGAUGCGCAUCAGAGGCGGUUGUACGAGUGGAUAUACACACCGCGCCAUGCCGAUUGACACAUAAGCGGGUGUACGCCGGCGUGUGCCCCCCUCUCCUCCACCAACACCGCCGGCUGUGAUGAACCAGAGCCGGUAGACGACACCGGCCGCGAAGUGGAGCUCGUGUGUGCGAGAGGAAGCACAUUUUCGGAAGGCUCACGAACCGGAGGGCAGUCGGCGGGGAUGGGAGAUGAUGGAGGACAAAGGCCCUCGUGUAGCCGACUACUUCGUGGUGGCCGGCCUGACGGACUCGUCCAAGCCGCUCGACCAGGAGAUCCACUUUGACGACGUCUGCCACAAGACGGCCAAGCCGCGGGCGCCCGUCACCGACGUGGCGCUGGUGAUCCGCUCGCUGGGCGAGGAGGUGCCGCCGGGCUUCACCUGCGUCGAGACGACGCCGACGGGCCACUCGGCCGACCUCAACAACGGCGGCCUGAUGGCGCCGCAGAUCUUCCUGUGCUACCGGCGAGGCCGCGACAAGCCGCCGCUCACUGACCUGGGCGUGUUGUUUGAGUGGAAGGAGCGACUGAAGCAGGGCUGCCACCUCAUCCAGACCACGCCCACCGGCCGCCCGGCCAACAUUAGCAGCAAUUCCUCCCAGCGCAUCUACGUCACCUACCGGCGGGCGCCCGAGAGCCAGCCGCACGCCGCCCUGGCCGUCACCGACAUCUGCAUCAUCGUGCCGAGCAAGGGGGAGACGCCGCCUCACACCUUCUGCAAGGUGGAGAAGAACCUCAACAGCAGCAUGUGGGGCUCCUCCGUCUUCCUGUGCUACAAGAAGUCUGUGGCCAAAACCAACACAAUAGCCUACAAAGCGGGUUUAUUCAGCAGAUAUCCAGAGGAGGACUACGAGUCGUUCCCGCUGCCGGAGUCCGUCCCCCUCUUCUGCCUUCCCAUGGGGGCGACCAUCGAGUGUUGGCCCGCCAACACCAAAUACUCGCUCCCCGUCUUCUCCACCUUCGUCCUCACCGGAGCAUCCGGAGAGAAGGUGUACGGUGCUGCCAUUCAGUUCUACGAGCCGUACCCGCAGGAGUGCCUGACGGACCAGCAGCUCUCCCAGCUCGACCUCCUCAGCCUGGAUCCACACACACCCUCCUCCACGUCCUCCUGCUCCUCCUCCUCUUCCUCCAACAGCAGCCCUGCGGCUGCAGCCGGCAGCAUCCCCACCACCAGCACCAACAGCACCACCACCCGCCUGGUUUACACCAACAAGUGCAUCUGUCUUCUCUCCCACUGGCCCUUCUUCGACGCUUUUCGCAAGUUCCUCACAUUCCUCUACCGCUACUCCAUCUCCGGCCCUCAUGCCCUGCCCAUCGAGAAGCACAUCUCUCAUUUUAUGCACAAAGUUCCCUUCCCUUCCUCUCAGAGGCCUCGCAUCCUGGUGCAGCUUUCCCCUCACGACAGCCUGAUGCUGAGUCAGCCAGUGUCUUCUCCUCUACCGCUCAGCGGUGGCCGCUUUUCCACGCUGCUGCUGAACCUGGGACCAGAGAAUGCCGUCACCCUGCUGGUGUUCGCCGUCACCGAACACAAGAUCCUGGUGCACUCGCUCCGACCGGCCGUACUCACCAGCGUCACAGAGGCUCUGGUGUCUAUGAUCUUCCCGUUCCACUGGCCGUGCCCGUACAUUCCCCUGUGCCCGCUGGCGUUGGCUGACGUGUUGAGCGCCCCCUGUCCGUUCAUUGUCGGCGUGGACUCUCGCUACUUCGACCUGUACGACCCCCCGCCGGACGUGAGCUGCGUCGACCUGGACACCAACACCAUCUUCCAUAAUGAAGAUAAGCGAGCCCUCACGUGGAAGAUCCUGCCAAAGAAAGCCUGUAAGAACCUGAUGAAUGUGCUGAGCAAUCUCCACCAGCAGCUGCUCGACGGUCAGCACCGACCCGACGGGCUGCCGGAGCUGAGCAUGAGCGACUCGUCGGAGCUGAGCUGCGGCAAGAGCCUCCACAUGCUGGAGCUGGAGAUCCAGGAGGCCUUCCUGCGCUUCAUGGCGGCCAUCUUGAAGGGCUACCGCUCAUUCCUGCGACCCAUCACCCAGGCGCCAUCGGAGAAGGCCACGGACGCCAGUUCGCUGUUUGACCUACAAGGCUUCCUGAAGAGCCGCGACCGCUCACACCAGAAGUUCUACUCGCUGAUGACCAAGACCCAGAUGUUCAUCCGCUUCAUCGAGGAGUGCUCCUUCGUCAGCGACAAAGACGCCAGCCUGGCCUUCUUCGACGACUGCGUGGACAAGCUCUACAGUUCCGAGCGGAGCGCCGACAAAGGAGGCAAGGUGGACAGCGAGAAGCCGGAGGAGUCCAGGCUGAUCGAGGUUGAUGAAUCCCAGCGCAGUGAGCACACAGUGUUCAUCACACCUCCAGAGCUGCCUCCCCUGCCUGGGGGGGAGGAGUAUCCGCUCUGCUACAGGUACGACGGUUUCCCAGUGUUGAGUCUUGACCUCUUUGACCCCGUGGAGGGCCUACGGACCCCCUCCUCCCGCCUCGCCGCCAGACACAGCUGCCCCGCCAGCCCCGCCCCCAUGUUUAGACGCACCAAGCAGGAGAUCAAAUUGGCCCAGAAGGUAGCGAAGAAGUACUCGUCCGUCCCUCAGCUGUGGUCCAAGUGUCUGCUCCGUCACUGCUACGGUCUGUGGUUCAUCUGUCUGCCAGCGUACGUGAAGGUGUGUCACUCCAAGGUGAGGGCCCUGCGCACCGCCUACGACGUCCUGCGCAAGAUGCAGGCGAAGAAGCUACAGCCUCCUGAUGAGGUGUGUUACCGGGUGCUGAUGCAGCUGUGUGGACAGUACGGUCAGCCCGUCCUGGCGGUCCGCGUCCUCUUCGAGAUGAAGAAGGCUGGAAUCCACCCCAACGCCAUCACUUACGGCUACUACAACAAGGCCGUGUUGGAGAGCACGUGGCCGUCCAGCACCAGAGGAGGAUACUUCCUGUGGAUGAAGCUAAGAAACGUCAUCCUGGGCGUGGCGCAGUUCAAACGGGCUCUGCGGCGACACGGCCCCGUCACCCCGAGCCCUUUGUCAGAUGGCAGCGACCUGGACGCCGUGAGUCACGGCAGCCUGGAUAGCUCCGUCGACACUAACCCGGCCGACUCCGUCAAAGUAGACCCCACUGACGAUAGGUCUAGCACAGUCGGCCGUGGGGGCGGUGGCGUGGGCGCCGGGGCCCCGGUGGCCCAUUCACACUGGGGGGGCUCUGAGCUCAGAGAAGCCACCCUCCACCCAGGAGACCAGUCGGACCUGGGCUACAACUCGCUGUCCAAAGAGGAGGUUCGGCGCGGAGACCCCGGCGCCCCGGACGCCGCCCCCGACAAGGACGACAAGAAGGAGAGCGACUGCAGCUCCUUGUCGGAGACGGAGAGCGCCAAAGGAAGCAAAGACUGCCUUCCUCAGCUGGAAGUGGACGUCCACUCCUCUUUCAAACCACGCGGCAUCGUCCGCAGCAGCUUCCCCUUCGACGAGUCGUCCUGUAAACCCAAGAGCUCCGUCAGCUCAGGCCACGUCGCCGGCCUCCUCUUCACCUCCUCCCUGGACGAGAUCGGCGAGGUCCGCGCCAACAGUUUGCUCAGGAGACACAAGAGCGCUCUGGAGGAGGUGGUGGUGGGCAGCGCCGGCAGUGGCUCGGACUGGCAGGGCGCGAGGGGCCGCCGGCUGAGCGGCGACACGGUGGGCAGCAGCGGCAGCGGCACCACCGUCCUCGGCCUGGGCAUGAGCCAGGGCGAGACCGACCCAGACAAGAUCGCAGGACACCUGGGGGCCGAUGCCAAAAUCCUCUCCGCUGCCAACUUCAGUAAGAGCAAGAGGCCUCGUUCGCUGGCUCUGGGCGGAUUAGAGGGCGCUGCCGCCAGAAGUCUGGACCACAGGGAAGAGGAGGAGGAGGAGGAGGAGGAGGGACAGGAUUCCAGCGAUGAGGACAGAAGUAAUACAGACGCCAUCUUUGAUUUGGAGGAUCUGGAUUUAGACAAACCCGGCGCCGGCGCUCAUCGACCCCACAAAACUCACAAGAAACUUGUGGAGCGCAGCGCCAGCUACGGCGCCAUGAGCACGGCGGCGUCCAGAGGAGCCGUGAAGCGCACGGGCAUCGAGACGGGCGACGACCCUCUGUCACUGCUGGCCGCGGCGUCGCGGUCCGAGGACCUGUACCCGGAAGGGGACGAGGUCAGCACGCCGCGCGCCCGCAGGCACCUGGCCAGGGAGAUCGAGCUCUACAUGAACCACAUGGGCAGCCCGGUGAGCAGCCGCACGCCCAGUCUGGACCUGCAGGACCCGGCCAGCCCCCUGCUCCUCCACCCGUCCUCGCUCUCCGCCCCCCGCAGAGCCAGCCUGCCCCACGGCUCCCCCCUCAGGGCCGCCGGGGUCCCGCGCUCCCGCACGUUCCACCCGCCCUCGCCCUCGCAGCCCAUCGCGCGCCAACGCCUGUGGUCGUCCCCCCCCUGCCGCAGCGCGAGCACCACGCCCAGCCCCAGCCCCCGACCCAGCCCCUACAGAGAGCGGGCGGACAGAAUGAGCCUGGCGUCGCCCUCGCCCUCCUCCUCCUCCUUCGCCCUGGACACUCUGCUCACGCCGAAGCUGGACGUCUUCAAGACCAGCGUGGUGUCAGCGGGGAAGGGCGUGGCGGAGAAGGCGAGCCGCUGGUAUUCCCGCCUCGCCACCUACACCACACCUACCAAGGACGGUCACAGUGACCGUCUGAGCGUGGCCUCCCUCGGGGUCGGCGAUCCGGACGGCUCCUCCCUGCUGGACGAGGAGGACCGCGGGGAGUCGGAGAGCUCCGUGGUCUCGCCGCUGAGGAACGGCCCCGCCGGGCCCCGCAGGAGCCCCAGACGCAGCCCCCUCCGCAGCCGACUGGACAGCCCCACCGCGGGGUCCGGCCACACCAGACCCACAUCUCUGCUGCCUGGAUGCGUCCUCUCUCCUCCCGGCUUCCCUCUGCCUGACAAGUCGGACGUGGGCUCCUCGCACUACACCAGCAACACCAGCAUCUUCAACAACUACGCCAUGGAGCUGCUGAUCUCCAGCUGCUCUCGCUGUAAGACGUGCGACUGUCUGGUGUACGACGAGGAGAUCAUGGCCGGCUGGACGGCCGACGACUCCAACCUGAACACCACCUGCCCCUUCUGUGGGAACCCCUUCCUGCCCUUUCUCAACGUGGAGAUCAGGGACAUGCGAGGACCCGGCAGACUCUUCCUGAAGGGCAGUCCGUCGGUGGAUGAGGCGAUGACCUCAUCGUGCUCGGCCUCGACGGGUCUGGACACGGGGACGUCCACCUUGUCCACGCCCUGUCCCACCACGGCCGUCUGCCCCCCCUCGCCCGUGAUCGCUGUCCAGGAGCGUUCAGGAGGCAGCAGGACUCAAGGGAUCAACAUCCCCUCGGACCACCGACAGGGGGCGCUGUCCCCCGGGGGGCACAUGGCCCGCAGCGUCAGCGCCUUCGGGCCUCUGGACGACGCUUCCCGAACCGACCGCUGUGUGCCGACGUCGGGCAGCCUGCCCAGCCGCCUCAACGAGACCACGGAUCCGCUGAACAUGGAGUGGCGGCUCCACAACCCUGAGCCGGUGACGGUUCCCUACCUGAGCCCGCUGGUGCUGUGGAAGGAGCUGGAGAGUCUGCUGGAGAACGAGGGCGACCCGGUGAUCACGGAGGCUGACUUGGUCGACCACCACCCCAUCAUCUACUGGAACCUGGUCUGGUACUUCAGACGACUGGACCUGCCCAGCAACCUGCCCGGGCUCAUCCUCACCUCGGAGCACUGCAACCGGGACUCGCAGGUUCCUCGUCACUGGAUGUCGGAGGACAGUAAACACGUGUUGAUCCAGAUCCUGUGGGACAAUCUGAAGCUACACCAGGAGCCGCUGCAGCCGCUCUACAUCGUCUGGAACACGUACAACGUGGGUUACCCUCUGUGCCGGCCGGUCCCGGAGGAGGAGAGGCUGUUCAGCGAGGAGCUGCUGCAGAGCGUGGUGAAGAGCAUCCAGAGGAACGACGUCGGCCGCCCGAUGGCUCAGCUGCUGCAGCUGCUGCACCAGACGCUCGGGACCAAGAGGCAGAGGAGUUUGUACAGAGACAUCCUCUUCCUCUCCCAGGUGGCUCUGGGGAAAGAUAACAUCGAUAUCGACGCCUUCGACCGCGAGUACAAGUUGGCGUACGACCGCCUGACGCCGGGCCUGGUGAAGCUGACGCACAACUGCGACCGUCCGCCCAGCACGGGGGUCAUGGAGUGUCGCAGGACGUUCGGAGAGCCUUACCUGUAAAACACACACACGCACACACACGCACACACACACACACACACGCACACUCACCUGUGGAUUUAACUCUCGCAAACCUGCGUCAAGACGAGCUCAGGAAACACGUUGGACGACUGAAUGUGCACCAACGCGACGGUUGAAGACUGCUCCGGGACGGUUGACCGUGGUCAGCGUCAUGCGGCCCCCGCAACUAAAGUAUCUCAACUUGAGGGACGAUGGAAAAUCACUGCACACGGUUCAGAAACACUCACCUGGUUUCUCUGGGAAACCCUGUUAGAAGAUUAUACAAUCUGUCAGUCGUAGGGUCAUUUCUUUUCUUUUUCUCCCUUAAAUGCAGCAUUUAUAUUGUGUAGUCCAAACAGCAUAUGAAGAUUAUUAGCAAUAUUUUAAUUUGAAGUCUAUUUAUACAGAGUCGACUUUAUUUAUUCUGGUGUUUCCGACGUGAACAACUGCAGCUCGUCCACCGACACCGUGUGGAACAGAUACUUCGAUUAUGAAUUUCACUGUCUGUUGUAAAUAUUGACCACGUUUCCAUGAUUUGUGAGUUGUGAGGCAUAAAUACUAAUAUUUGAAUUAGAGUCAUAGUGAUUAGCAAAUUUGUAAAACAACCAAAAUUUAAAAACAUCGCAGAGAGCUCUGAGAAAUUCUUAUACCAUCUUUUUCGCUAUUUACAUUUCAUAGACAAAACAAUGGAAUGAUUAAUUAAUUGGCUCUACUUUAAAUAUGUCAAACUUUUUAAAGCUGCUUGUACACGCGAGUAUCUGGAGUUAAGUGUUUCACGUGCUGCUGCUGCUGCUCUACCUUCAAACUCAUUUUAAUGUUUAAAGUUCCUUAACAGUAUAUUUAUAUAUACACAUAACUUUUAAUAUUUCAUCAACUCAUGAACAAUAACUUUUCUUCAGCGGUGGAACAUCAGUGUUAGUGUUGUAAACAUGUCGACUGUUGGGAUGAAGAGAAACACACACACUUCAUCAGAUCAUCAGACGCAGUUUACACAUGUCUUUGGUUUUUAAUUUUACAGUAUGAAAAAACAGCAGCCACUGUUCUGUACUUGGUUCCCUGUCACUUCCAGGUUCUGGCUGCAACAUCAGAGAUGUAAAGUCCCUCACACAGUUGGUUUGCAUUUCUCAAAGUGAAAAUUCUCUUUCGCAGUUUUGAAAAUUGAAAACCAAAAAAAACCCAACUACGACGGCUGUCGGGGCCAUUGUA